AUGUCUUCCCCUUCCCCCGGUCCGGCCCUCAGCCAAGGCUUUGGCUACGGAAUCAUCCUCGGCGUCGGCUUCGCGUUUUCCAUCCUCAUGGUCGGCCUGACGCACAUCCUCAAGUGGUUCAACAAUGAGGUCCAGACGUCGGAGAUGUUCAACACGGCGGGCCGGACCAUGAAGUCGGGCCUCGUCGCGGCCGCCGUCGUCUCCUCGUGGACGUGGGCAGCCACGCUGCUCCAGUCGUCGGGCGUGUGCUACCGAUACGGCGUCUCGGGACCGUUCUGGUACGCGUCAGGCGCGACGGUCCAGAUUCUGCUCUUCGCCACGCUGGCAAUCACCCUGAAGAAGAGGGCUCCCAACGCGCACACGUUCCUCGAGGCCAUCAAGGCGAGGUACGGCGCCCCAGCCCACUUCACCUUCAUCACCUUUGGCCUGAUGACGAACGUGCUGGUGUCGCUGAUGCUCAUUGCGGGCGGCGCGGCGACGGUCAACGCCCUCACGGGGGUCCAUGCGGUUGCGGCGAUUUUCAUGAUGCCCAUCCCCGUGGUGGCCUACACCUUCGUCGGGGGCCUCAAGGCCACCUUCAUCACCGACUACAUCCACGGCUUCGCGCUCCUCGUCAUCAUCAUCAUGUUUGCGCUCACGGCCUACGCGACGUCGGACGUGCUGGGCAGCCCGUCCGCCGUGUACGACCUGCUCGUCGAGGCGGCGUCGCGCCACCCCGUCGACGGCAACAAGGACGGGAGCUACCUGACGAUGCGGUCGCAGGGCGGCGCCGUCUUCUUCGUCAUCAACAUCGUCGGCAACUUUGGCACCGUCUUCCUCGACAACGGCUACUACAACAAGGCCAUCGCCGCGCACCCCGUCCACGCGCUGCCGGGCUACAUCAUGGGCGGCCUGGCCUGGUUCGCCAUCCCCUGGCUGACGGCGACGACGCUCGGCCUCUCCGCCCUGGCCCUCGAGUCGAGCCCGCGCUUCCCGACCUUCCCCGACCGCAUGACCGAGGCCGACGUGUCUGCCGGCCUGGCGCUUCCCUACGGCGCCGUGGCGCUGCUGGGCAAGGGCGGCGCCGCUGCCACGCUCGUCAUCAUCUUCCUGGCCGUGACGUCGUCCUUCAACUCGGAACUGGUUGCCACGUCGUCCAUCUUCACCUACGACAUCUACCGCACCUACCUGAGGCCGGACGCCAAGGGCAAGCACCUCAUCUACACGUCGCACGUGUGCAUGGUCGCCUACGCCGCCGUCAUAUGCUGCGUCUCGGUCGGCCUGUGGUACAACGGCAUCUCCAUGGGAUACCUGUACCUGCUCAUGGGCGUGCUCAUCUCGGCCGCCGUCCUGCCCGCGACGCUGACGCUGCUGUGGGACCGGCAGAACCGCUGGGCGGCGACGGCGUCUCCCGUCCUCGGCACGGCCUGCGCCAUCGUCGCCUGGCUCGUGACGGCCAAGAAGACGUGCGGCAAGCUCGACGUCGAGUGCACCGGCUCCAACGAGGCCAUGCUGGCGGGCAACGUCACCGCGUUGCUGUCGCCCGCCGUCUUCGUCCCCCUGUGCUGUCUGGCAUUCGGCCUGGACAGGUACGACUGGAAGUCCAUGAUGGACAUCCGCCGCGCAGACGACCACGACGUCCUCGAGAGCUCGGGCUUGGAUUCCGAAGCUCAAACGGCCGCCGGGGCCGAACCGCCGUCGCGCGCCGGCUUUGACGAGGAACAGCGCAAGCUGGACCGUGCGUUCAAGAUUGCCUGCGUCAUCACCAUCUCAAUGGCGCUUUCAUUGCUGGUCCUCUGGCCGAUGCCCAUGUACGGCACGGGAUACGUCUUCUCCAAGAGGUUCUUUACGGGCUGGGUCGCCGUGAGCAUCGUCUGGAUCUUCUGCUCCUUCAUCGCCGUCGGCCUGUACCCCGCGUGGGAGAGCAGGGACACGAUCAUCAAAGUGGCGCGGGUCAUGGUCACGGGCAAAAGGCCACGGCCGCCUCCUGCAGCCGGGCAAGAUGGAUCCGGAGACUCGAGCGGGACCGCAACACCCAUCAGCUCGGCGUUUGCCGGGAAGCGCGGCUGA